AUGUAUUUACCAUCGCAUCAUAUGACCUAUUUUAAUACGGACAAACCCCAUCAGUCGUCGUCACAACCUCUUGGACGGUUGAACAAGCAUCCUGGACAACUUCCAGGUAGUGAUGUUCCUGUAUCUGACUCAGUUGUUCGUAAUCGGUUGCUAAAUAACAACUUUUCAUCUAAUGACUCGCUCACUUCUCUCAAUCCUGACCAAAUGCUUUCUUAUGGAGCGAAACAGAUAAUCAGUUUAUUUAUACCAGUUACAAUAUGUAUGUUGUUCGUUGUUGCUGUUGCUUCAACAGUUGACUUUUAUGGACAUACAGAUCAGUAUUUGAUAUAUACACCUUUUCAUACACCGGAUGCUGACAUUGGUACACAAACAUGGCAGACAAUAGCUAAUACCUUAAUAUUUAUGAGCAUAGUCGUGGUGAUGACUUGUAUUCUUGUCCUACUGUUCAAAUAUCAUUGUUAUAAGUUUAUUAAGGGUUGGUUGGUUAUGACAACAUUUUUUCUUCUUUUCUUAAUAUCAUUUAUGUUUUUCAGUGAAGUUCUUCGUGCUAUGGGUGUAUUUGUUGAUCAUAUCACAGUGGCAUUUGCUUUAUGGAAUUUCGGUGUCGUCGGCAUGAUAGUUAUUCAUUGGCGUGGACCAUUAAUCUUACAACAAGCUUAUCUGAUAUUCAUAUCUGCACAGAUUGCACUAAUGUUUUUAAAGUAUUUACCGAAGUGGACAUGUUGGCUUGUUCUUGCAGCUUUAAGUGUCUGGGAUAUGUUGGCUGUUUUAUGUCCCCAUGGACCGUUGAGAAUGCUAGUAGAAAUGGCACAUGAACGACAACAACCUCUUUUUCCUGCUCUUGUUUAUUCAACUACUGCAGUUUAUCUUGUGAAAAAAUAUCAGACUGAAAACAAUCAGUAUCCAGAUGGACACAUUAAUGAAGCCUCAGUUUAUGUACCCAAUGAAGCACCAAAUGUGGACUGUGCUUUACAAUCCUGUUCUACAACUUCAGUAUCAGUUAAUCCAGGAGACAGUCAACAAAUGGCAGAGAACUCUAGAAGCUCUACAAAUGUAGACAACAAUGAAACUUGUGAAACUAGUAUGCAGAAUGGAAAUACAUGUGGUGAAAAUGUAAACAAUAAUAGUGAUAGUGAUGGUCAUAAUCAUGAAUCAUAUUCAGGGGUACCGUGUGAAACUGAUACACUUGUCAGGAGUCGAGUUGAUCGUUGGCGAGAGGUCCAAGCAGAUUUAAUUGAUCGUGAUUCGAAAGGUGUAAAACUUGGUUUAGGUGAUUUUGUGUUCUACAGUCUUCUUAUUGGUCGUGCAACACUAGACGGUGAUGCUGUGACUGUGGUCACGUGUUAUGUUGCCAUAUUAGUUGGAAUGUGCUUAACUAUUAUUGUGUUAGGGAUAACGCGACAAGCACUACCAGCCUUACCAAUAUCUAUAGCAUGUGGUAUACUAUUUUAUUUUGUUAGCUCAGCUACAAUAUCACCAUUUCUGGAGGCGACAGCAAGUGAACGUGUAUUCUUCUAG